GACUGCAAUGCUCUAUGAUUGGGCACUGACAUUCCGACAAGAGGUUGAACUGAUCUGGAAGCAACGCUGGUCUUUCAUGACCCUUCUAUAUGUCAUCGUGCGCUACGUUGGAAUACUAUACUCUAUCAACAACCUACUGCCGAGUCUCCCAGGAAUUUCGAUGACAGAUGUGGGUACCCUAUUUUUCCUCGUACAAGCAGUGACAUAUUUCGUCAUAAAUACCAUACUCGGCAUCAUCAUGAUUGCUCGAUUAUAUGCCAUGUAUCAGGGAUCAAAAAAAAUCCUCGUCUUUCUCAUUGUAGUCUUUCCAACUAUCACAGCCGCCUGUGGAGUGCUGUUUGCAUUAGCAAUCCGCAGUUUUCCUUGGGAUCACCUCGUCCUCUCCGGCACCAAUCAGUGUGUUUACGAGGUUCAGAGAAGCCAACAACUUGAACUUCUAUUGGCCGGGGUUUGGAUACUCCGCCUUGUGUGGGAGGGCAUUGUACUCUGCCUUGCAGUCUGGAUCGCUGUCAAACAUUACCGUGAAAUUCGGUGGCUACGUCCAAGAUGGUCUAAAGGCUGUUUCACGGUGUUAAUAAAAAGUCAUGUGCUUUACUUUGCAAGCUUUGCUGCUGUUUCUUGUUUCAGCCUUGGUUGUUUGUCUCCUAAUAUAAUAGACUCAUAUUCCGUGGGAGCUCAAAUUUAUUAUGCCAUACUUCAAAUCGCCAUAUUCGUGCAAUUAUUCGUGCUGGGACCACGUCUCAUCCUUAGCGUUCGAAAAUAUAAUGCCAAGCUCGUUGAUAGCGUCGACCUAGAAACUUGUAUAAGUUCCAUUGAUUUCCAGGACUCCGAGUCGGAGCACGUAUGCAUGUCGACUAGCACUAGUAGUGUGUAGCACGAAAAUGGACCGAAUGUUUGCAUACUCUGCCCGUGGACUCGUUAAUGGUGCUAGUUUGGUACCAAAGUUAGAAGUGAUAGUGUAUUAUGUAGCCAAUACUUGAUGUGUACCAUCGGGCAUCGCCCCAACGAACAAUAAACAAAUACUCA